AAGCUUGGGAGGGCGGGGGGCGCAAGGCGCGUGCCGAGCGGAAGACUCCGCGGUCGGUUGGAGCGCCGCUCAACGAAGCGCCGUGCGGGAAAGCGAGCGCAGCGGACUCAGUCUCGGCAUGGGCUGAGGCGGGCCACUGGCAUAGUGGGGCUGCCUGGGGCAUGGCCUGACUGCUGGGUAACGGGAGGUCCGGCUGGAGCAGGCACGGCAAAGCGAGCAAGACUGGUCGGGGGAGCUGCGUAUUGGGGCGGGGGCGGGCGAUCAUCCUACCCGCCUGAGCACUUGCCGCCGGGGUCCGGGAAGGAGGGCUUCCCCUCCGCCUCGCUCCGGGCGCCAUGGCGCCGCCAAUUCCCCCGCGACCCACCUUGCACCCCGACCUGCCUUCUGACCGAUUCGCCGCCGUGGACUAUUUUGUCUUCGCAGCUAUGCUGUUAAGCUCUGCAAUCAUCGGCAUUUACUGCGCCUACCAGGGCACCCUUAGAACUCACAAGGACUUUCUGAUGGCCGGCCGGGGACUCAGGUGUGGGCCCGUCGCGCUCUCUCUGGCGGCCAGCUUCAUGUCUGCCGUGACAGUGCUGGGGACCCCGGCCGAGAUCUAUAUCUUUGGGGUCAAGUUCGGUCUCUUUGCUUUGUCCUAUAUCUUAGUGGUGGUGAUCAGCGCUGAAGUGUUCCUACCUGUCUACUACCGGUUGGGGAUCACCAGCGUCUACGAGUAUUUGGAACUUCGAUAUAAUAAAGCUAUGCGUCUGACUGGAGCAGUGCUGUAUGUGGGACUAACGAUAGUAUACACUGGAAUUGUGCUAUAUACUCCAUCCCUAGCUUUAAAUCAAGUUACAGGAUUUGAACUGUGGGGAUCUGUUGUUGCAACAGGACUAGUUUGUACUUUCUAUUGCACACUGGGAGGUUUAAAGGCAGUAAUCUGGACAGAUGUUUUCCAUUUUGUACUGACGAUAUCUGGAUUUCUAGCAUUGAUUGUACAGAGUUUGAUAAUUAAAGGAGGACUUGAAAAUAUUCUAUAUGAUGCUCAAGAUGGAGGAAGACUGGAGUUCUGGGACUUUAGCCCAGACCCUUUGCAAAGGCAUACUUUCUGGACAAUCACAAUUGGUGGCACUUUUACCUGGCUUUCAGUGUUUGGAGCAAAUCAGUGUCAAGUUCAGCGAUACCUUGCGUGCAAAACACGAAAUCAUGCAAAACUAUCUCUGUAUAUAAAUCUUUUGGCACUCUGGUUUAUUCUCUGUUGUGCAGUGUUUUGUGGACUCUCCAUGUACUCCCUAUAUAAGGAUUGCGACCCAUGGACUGCGCAGAUUGUGGAACUACCAGAUCAGCUCGUUCCAUAUUUGGUAGUGGACAUUUUGGGAGAUUUUCCAGGAAUUCCAGGACUUUUUGUGGCUGCGGCCUACAGUGCAACAUUAAGUACAGUGUCUUCCAGCAUCAAUUCGCUAGCUGUUGUAACUAUAGAGGACUUUAUUAAACCAUAUUUCUCACCAAUGUCUGAAGGACACCUGUCAGCUCUUUCCAUGGGACUGAACCUGUUGUUUGGUGCAGUAUGCCUUUCCAUGGCUGCAGUGGCAUCUGUUAUGUCCAGCUUGUUACAGGCUUCACUCAGUAUUUUUGGAAUGUAUGGUGGACCUCUUUUGGGAAUAUUUUCCUUGGGUAUACUUUUGCCUUUUGCAAAUAGUAAGGGUGCAUUUUCAGGUUUUGUUUGUGGAAUCAUUGUUUCAUCAUGGGUUGGAAUUGGUUCUCUGAUAUAUCCUCCAUCUGCUCACAGAACUAAGCCAUUACACCUUUCAACAGCAGACUGUCAUCAAUCCAAUUGGACUGUGGUCACUACUAUUGCAAAACCCCCAACUCUUCCAAGACCAGAUUUUGAAGAUCAUUGGUACUCCCUCUCAUAUCUAUAUUUCAGCACAUUAGGAACUUUGGUCACGUUUAUUGUGGGAACUCUUGUGAGCCUAUCAACAGGAGGAUUAAAACAAGAUGUGGACCGCACACUUCUUUUUGGGAAGGAGGAUUUUAUGGCUAACUUUGUGUACUUGAAAUCUAUAGCUGUAAUACUAUAUGAAAGAAUGCGUCGCCGAGCACAGCGUACAGUUCCUCAAUAAGGCUGGUGGAGCAAGAAGCUACCUUCACUGCUGUAGGAGGUGCUCUACUUUGGAGGAUCACAUGCAGGGUGGGGGGGAGCACUCCUGGGGGAAAAAAACAUUAAUUGAACUGCACUGAAUGAGUGGUAUGAAUUCCAGAAGUGUUUGGUGGUUAUUAUUUGAAAUUUAAAAAUGGGAAACUGCUGUGCUUUUUCAACAAACUAAUUUUGAAACUAGUCAGUUUGGUAACCAAAAUAUAAGUAGACUUGGGAAAGUUAUCCCUGUCCCACUUAGGUGUAAAUUAGCAUUUAGGCUUGAGCCCAAAACGUUUCAGAGGCCAUUAUAGAGGCCUCUGAAACGUUUUGGCUACCGGGGCCACUUCAGUGUUCCAGAGGUGGUGGGGUGUUCCCUUAAGGGCGGAGCAGGGUGCACUCACUCUUCCCGCCACAUUUCCCCUGCCGGUUUUAAAGCCCCUCGGGGCGGCAGCGUUCCUCCCUGCUGCCCCGUGUCCCUCAUUGGCCAGAAGUACGGGCGUGUGUGCAUCCAUUGCGUGCCGGGGGGGGGGGGCCUUUAAAACGGGAGCACGGCAGGGGAAAUGUGGCGGGAGGAGUGAGUGCACCCUCCUCCACCCUUAAGGGAACACCCCUGCCACCCCCGGAACAGUUCCAGGCACAUCCCUAAUUUAUGGUAAAGCUAGAACAGAUUGACUAUAAACCAAUAUUAAAAGUUCAAUCUAUUUUUAGAGACACAUUCAGUAUGAUUUUGUUUGACUGUUUGGCACUUCUGUAUAAAAGAACUUGUGAAUAUAAAUGAUAAAUGUUCUAACUUGUGUACAUACCAAACUAUUGACAAUGAUUGUUGCUCAAUAAUAAAAUAUAGCAUAAUCCAAAAUGUA